AUGCUCCCCGCCCGGCUCUGCCUCGGUGAGAUGCAGGGGAGGGGAAGCCCUGCUCCGGGAGGGACCCGCCCCCUCCCCACACCAGCCUGUGCUCUCAGGACACCCAGCACGCAGCGGGUGCCCGGGCACGAGAGGUUCUGCUCAGAGUCCAGGGCGAGUCCUCACGGGUGCUCUCUUCCAGGGCUGAGUGUGGGCCUGGGGACCCAGGUGCAGGCAGGGACCCUCCCCAAACCCAUCCUCUGGCCUGAGCCAGACCCUCUGGUCACCUGGGGGAGCCCUGUGACCAUCUGGUGUCAGGGGACCCUGGGGGCCCAGGAGUGCCAUCUGUACGCAGAGGGAAGGCCAGCUCUAGGGGACAGACUGAGCCCACUGGAAGCUGGGGACAAGGUCAAGUUCUUCAUCCCAUACAUGACCCAGGACUACGCAGGGAGCUGUCACUGUUACUAUAUCAGUCACACUGGCUUGUCAGAGCCCAGUGACGCCCUGGAGCUGGUGGUGACAGGUAAGGAGGGCCCAUCCUUGUCCCAGAGGCUUUGGGCCCCCAGGCAGGUCCCUGGGGGCUGGCUCAGAGCAGAGCCCCAUGUGAGGGGGUGGCUGGGGGGGCGGGGCUCCCGGACCAGAACCCAGAGUGUGAGAGACAGUGAGACCUGGGGGCCAGGGGGGACAAGGGGGUCAUGGGGGAAGCAGCCCCUAACCCAGGGCUCUCUCUCCCCAGGAGGCUCUGGGAAGCCCUCCCUCCUGACCACGGAGGGCCCUGUCGUGGCCUCUGGACAGAGCCUGACCCUCCAGUGUCGCUCUGCCAUCGGCUAUGACAGGUUCGCUCUGGCCAAGGAGGGGGCACGGGACCUCCCCCAGCCCCCUGCCCGGCAGCCCCAGGCUGGGCUCUCUCAGGCCCACUUCUCCCUGGGUGAGGUGAGAGGCCUCCAUGGGGGCCGGUACAGGUGCUACAGUGGACACAACCUCUCCUCCCUGUGGUCGGCCCCCAGGGACCCCCUGGACAUCCUGGUGGCAGGUGAGGAGCCAGCGGGUCAGGCGGGGACCCACACUAUGCACAGGCCCUGCUGGGGGAGCCCCAGGGGGGAUGCUGGGACCAGGCGGAGGGGUCCCCAGGGAGGGAGGGACAGACAGAGAGGGGGUUGGGGGAUGGAGAGGCUCAGAGAAACACAGACACACACAGACAAGGGUCCGCAGAGAGGCCCUGCCGAGUCUCUGUUCUGAACCAGGGCGGCUGGCAGCCCCUCACCCCCUCCCUCUCUCCAGGACAGCUCCGUGGCACACCCUUCCUCUCGGGGAACCCGGGCCCCUCGGUGGCCACAGGACAGAACGUGACCCUGCUGUCAUGGAGUCCGAUGGACACUUUCCUUCUGUCCAAGGAGGGGGCGGCCCAUCCCCUGCUGCGUCUUAGGUCACAGCCCCGAGCUGGGCUGUUCCUGGCCAAGUUCUCCAUGAUUCCCGUGGCCUCAGCCCACGGGGGCACCUACAGGUGCCACGGCUCACUCAGCAGUGACCCCUACCUGCUGUCACAUCCCAGUGACCCCCUGGAGUUCAUGGUCUCAGGUCAGGGGACCCUGACCUUGUCCUGAGCUCAGGCAGCCCAGGACCCUGUCCCUUGAGAGCUCCUGACUGGGCUGGGAGUCGGGGACCUGCCCCUCAGAGGCCCUGCCUCCUCUACCCACCCCUCCCCUCCCCCGGGUCUGGAAGGGGCCAGGGGGGCACCCACCCAGAGGGUCUUGGGGACGACACAGGGCAGGUGCAGGGAGAGUUUAGUGAGGCGGGGACUCCAGGGGCAGCCCCCGCCCCUUCCUGGCCUCUUUCCCAGGACCCCUGGGAGCCCCAGCCCCCCACCCCCAGUCCCUAAUUCAACAAUGGGGGAGUCUCAGGGCCCAUUUGCUCAUGGGGCGCACAGGCCACCCCGGGGCAGUUUUGAGUCUCAGAGGAGCUAAUGCUGCUCAGAUGCUCAAGGACAGGCUGGGGGUCCAAGGGGGUGGGGUCGGGCAGAGAUGUGGGGGGACCCCAGGGCUCUGAGGGGGUCACCUCCCAUCCUGACCCCCAGGAGCCUCCCAGGAUCAGCCCCUCCACCCCACGGACUCAGGCCCCCACAGGGGUCAGUGUGGGUUUGUGGAGGGGGGGUCCAUGGGGGCAGAGCGGGGUCACACCCCACUGGCCAGCUGAACUUCCUGUUCUCAGGGGAGGGGCCCCAAGUCUGCCCUGUUGGAGCUCAGUCAGCACAGGGUCCUGACCCCAGAAACGUCUGAGACAGUCACACAGACAAGAGGGGACACAGAACCCAGGGAAGGGCUGUGGGGCCCCAGCUCCGCACUCACACCCCCACUUCGUGGUUCUCAGGACCGGCAGACACCACCCGCCCAUCACACCACCAGCCAGAUCCCACGAGUGGUGCGCAGGAGAAAUCCUCAGU